GUGGAUUGAUGUUUUUUAUCUGUAGAUCGGAAUUCUCAUCUGUGGAACUUCACAUAUGUCAUACAGAAAACAAGAAAGUUUUGUAAUUUCAGUAAAAUACUUAAAUAGCACGUAAAAUUGAUAAUUUCUCCUUAUCGAAUAAUUUUUUUAUGAAUAAUACUACUUGGAAUAAUUACAUAUAAAUACUUGGGUAUACCUGAAUUGGUGUAGAUAAUAAACGUUAACAUUUAACAAGUUGAAAAGUUUGUCUUUCAAAUUGUAAUUUUGUAAAGACCAUACUAUGGAAUGGACAGUUUGUUAUCUUUGAAACAUACAUUAGCUUUGUGUUAAGAGGCCGCGGAGGCGGGGUGAUGCGGCCAUGGCCUCGCGGCGCGUGACGCGCAAGUGGGAGAUGUUCGCGGGCCGGAACCGGUUCUGGUGCGACGGACGCCUCAUGACGGCGCCGCACCCCGGCGUGUUCCUGCUGACGCUGGCCCUCAUCUGCGGCACGUGCGGCCUGCACUUCGCGUUCGACUGCCCGUUCCUGGCCGCGCGCGUGUCCCCCGCCGUGCCCGCCGCCGGCGCCGCGCUCUGCGCGCUGACGCUGGCCGCGCUGCUGCGCACGGCGCUGUCCGACCCCGGCAUCAUCCCGCGCGCCGCGCCCGCCGAGGCCGCCGCGCUCGAGGCGGCCGAGGCGGGCCGCCCGCCGCCGCGCGCGCGCGAGGUCCUCGUGCGCGGCCGCCCCGUCAAGCUCAAGUACUGCUUCACCUGCAAGAUGUUCCGCCCGCCGCGCGCUAGCCACUGCUCGCUCUGUGACAACUGCGUGGACCGCUUCGACCACCACUGCCCCUGGGUGGGCAACUGCGUGGGCAAGCGCAACUACCGCUACUUCUACACGUUCGUGGUGUCGCUGUCGUUCCUGGCGGUGUUCGUGUUCGCGUGCGCCGUCACGCACGUGGCGCUGCUGGCACGCGGCGCGGGGCUGGGCCCUGCCCUGCGCGCCACGCCCGCGUCCGCCAUCGUGGCCGCCGUCUGCUUCCUCUCCGUGUGGUCCGUGCUAGGGCUGGCCGGCUUCCACACCUACCUCGCCUCCACGGACCAGACCACCAAUGAGGACAUUAAGGGUUCGUUUUCAACACGCCGUGGCGUGUCAAACCCCAACCCAUAUUCACGCGGCAACGCAUGCGCUAACUGCUGGCACGUACUGUGCGGUCCGCUGGCUCCCAGCCUCAUAGACAGGCGCGGCGUCUUUACCAUCGACGACAAAGACGAGCUGCCGCCUAGCUUCGCGCGAGCUCUGAGCGCGGCGCCCCCCGCGGCCCCGUCGCCCCCGGCCGCGCCCCCGGCCGCGCCCCCGCUGGGCGGCAGCUACAGCAACCUGUUCGAGAGCGGGUCGCCGGUGCGCCACGCCUACAUGAACCGCUCGCUGGAGCUCGAGCCCGUGUCUUCGCAGCCCAUGGCGCUGGCGGGCCCCCUGCAGGCGGGCCCCCUGCAGGCCGGGUCGCUGCAGGGCGGGGGCGCGCCGGGCGGGCUGAGCGCGUCGCGGCUGCGCCUGCUGCACGACACGACGAUGAUAGACGCGGCGCUGGACCUCGACGAGCCCGAGCCUCCGCCGCACCUGCCGCGCGGGCCCCUGGCGCCCGUGCAUCUGCCGGGGCCCCGCGCGCUGGCCGCGCUCUGA